GAAGAAAGAGUCAAGACAGCAAAGACAGGAAGGAAAGCCGGCGUCCGACGGAGCGACGGACGGAGCAUUGCGCUGUUCCGAAGAAAGCGAUGAAGUGCGAGAUGUAGAAACGCGGUCCCUUGCGACGAGGAGCACUUCUCUCGUGUCUCCACGGCCGAGCGCAAUUCGGUGGCGAGCCUGGUGCUUCGAAUUGUUGCCCGACGCUGCGAGCGAAGGCCGACCGAGAACUUUUCAUUCGUCGUUCACGUGUGCCUUGUACUGACGAUCGGCAGGAAAAGAGAAUCGAAGAAUCGAAGAAUCGAAGAAGUGACGAAGAGAGGAGGGGAAGGAAUCGGGCAGGGUAGGGUCAAGUGCUUCGAUUGAUCAGCUGAGGAGUAAUGGAAGAUGGAGCCUCGAGGGAGAAGAAGGAAAUUUCGGUGUUGGUGAAAUCGGGUGCGCAGACUUUGACCGUGUCGCUGCCCAGCGAUGCGCCCGUGAAGGACCUGAUGGCACGUUUGCAGCAACUGACGAACAUCCUUCCUCGGGGCCAGAAGCUCAUACACAAAGGAAAAGUUUUGGACCCGGAAAUGACUCUGGCUGGAGCCAAGGUGACUAAUGGGGCCAAGUUGAUGCUUAUGGCUUCCGAGGGUGUUCACCAAGGGGGCUCACCUUCUUCUACCAAAUCUGCAAAAGCUGUCCUUCAGAGUAAAUUCAAAACUGUUCUUGAAGCUCUCCAUGUACCAAAGAUGGGAAAACAUAUUGAGAAGGGUCGAAUUGGAAAUUGGCAAGCUACAGGAAUUGUGUCUCUUCGCGAAAGUCACAUUCAGACAGUUCCUAAGGAGGUGUGGGCGCUGGGACCUGCUGUGCGAAUAUUAGACCUUAGCCUGAAUAGCAUCCGCGCUCUUCCAGCUGAAGUUGUGACGCUCACAAAUUUACAGAGAUUGCGGCUUAGCAACAACGGGCUUACAGAUAGCAGCUUACUAUGGCAAAAUCUUUGCUCAUUGAAAGCUCUCACCAACUUAGCCCUUGAUCAUAACAAGCUUACAUUUGUGCCAUCAGAAAUUGGUCAACUGACGUCUCUAAAACAUUUCACCAUUUCUCAUAACCAAAUACGGAAUGUUCCGGAAGAAAUUGGCAACUGUGCCCAGCUUGAAAAACUUGAUGUCAGUCACAAUCAGAUAAAGGUCAUGCCAGCAAGUCUCGGACACUGCGCUAACCUUUCUGAGGCGGAUUUUUCCUCAAAUUUUCUUGUAGAGAUUCCGUCUACUUUGUCGAAAUUGCAAUACCUCAAGGUCCUGCUUCUUGAUAACAAUGCGUUGACAAGCUUUCCGGGAGAGAUUUUAUCAGGAUGUCUUGAGUUGACAACCCUCUCUUUACAUGGGAACCAAGUCACGAUUGAGAAACUCCGAGAGAUUGAGGGUUGGCCAGAAUUUGACAAAAGGCGGAAGUCAAAGUAUAACAAGCAGUUAGAUUUCAAUGUGAUUAUGUCAUCGAGUGGAUUUGACGAGGGAGCUGAUGCUCAGAAAUGGAGUCAUUGGUGAGACUGGAAUAUGGAAGUCAACUUACUUUCUCACAAUUAGCCUCAGGUUUGACGAUUACGGAUAGGCGUUGACAAUGUAUACUGGUCGCCAUCAAUUCCAACAAACUUAUGUAGGAAAGAAAGUAAUAGCCAGUGGCGAACUAUAUCAUCUCCACGUCUUAUACACUUCGAUAAUACCGAAUCGAACCUUCAACGACUUUAUGUCCGGCGGAUGGUGGGAUGGCUUUUUCUGAAAGGCCCUCAUGUGAUGUAUUGAGGCCAUUGGUGGCAUGGUCUCAGGAUGUAGGUGGUAGUAGCAAGCAAUCCAGUUCGCUACUGAGAUGCGGGUAAAUACUAAUAGUUGAUUACUGUUUCUAGUUCCCAUGUCUGAAUAUCAAAACAAAAAUGCAGGUUAUCUUACAAUGAUCUCGUCAUACAUGUAUUAAACAUUGAACAAAGAUAUUAUUUGGAAAACACG